GGGGAAAAUGGUAAACUGUUAAUUUAGUUUUAUGUACUAUUUUCACCAUUUCUAUUAUACAUAACAAAGAGUCUUUGGCUCUUUGCACCUCUUCAUCUAUUCUUUUGGCAUUUUUGGGUUAGAAAAACUUUUUCAUUUUGUUUCUACAUUUGGAAGCAAAGUUACCAUUGUAACGUUCAAUCCAGCUUUCUCUUUAAACAAGUAUCACUGCACUUCUUCACACUCUUGAUGGCGUGAAUCUGAAUCCUCCCUUCAGUUUUCACUGACCAAGUAUCGUACUCUACCUCUGUGACGGCCCAUCCUUGUGUGCAUUCUCGUUCAUGAACUCUUUGACUUCUUUCAUUGCUGGAGUUGUGUAGUUUUGGUUGGAGUAGGAUAUCAUAGAGACGCAGCGAACUUUGAAGGACAUGAAUACCUAAGAGUGAAAAAAUGGGUAGUUAGGCUCCAUCAUGAUCGUUGGAUUAAGGCUGGUUGGGUAAGUGGAAGAAUCAUUUGAGAUUUUGUAUGACGAGAAAUGUUUCAUAUGAUUGAAAAGAAAUUUCUGUAGGACUUCAAUGAAACCAACACUGUAUGGGACCGAAAGUCUGGUUACAAGGGUUUCAUAGUCAAAUAGAAAUUAUACCAUAACCCGUAAAUUAUGCCUGUUUAUAAUCCGAUGUACUUGAUAAAAUCUGAUGUCCACUCACUACUAAUACUUUCUUAAACCAGAAUGCUGAAAUUCAUUAAUUUAUUUCGCCCACUUCACUCACUCUUUUAUUUAUAUAUAAUUAUGUGUUUAGACAUGGAAAUAUCAUGAAAAUUUAUUCCUCCCUCUUCGCUCACUUUUUUAUUCUUAUAUAAUUAUGUGUUUAGAUAUGGAAAUAUCACGAGACAGAUAGAAUGGGCAAUUCUGCGCUGGAACAUGUGGAUGUCAACGUAACCUCAUCACACGGUAUAAUCAAAAGAGAGAUUCUGUUGACCGGUGGUUCAAAUGAUUCAUUGAAUAUUGUGCAAGUUGGAAAAGUUGGACACGAAUUUGAUCCGCCCCAGAGCUACAUGGCAGAUUGUGUAUGGCCUCUUAAUAUAGGGCAGGGAGCAGAGCACAGGGAUCUAUCAAGACAUAUUUGGAGUUCCGACACAGCUAUGACUUAUAUGCCAUCUAAUAUAUCUUGCAUAAAGAUGUUGAAAAGGCCUUCUUUUCCAAUUGACGACACAGCGUCCAAACAUAUACUAAUAACAACUCUGGGUUCUGACAGAUCUGGUGGAUUAGUCUAUCUUCUAGACUUAAGUAAACCACUUGAUUUUAAUUUAAACUUUCCAAUACAUAGGGAAGGAUUUCGGGAGGUUGCUUCAUUUAAACAAACACUUUGGGGGGCUGACUGUGACUCUAAUGGAAGACUAGCUGUGAUUGGUUAGUUCUUUACCUUCUCUCUGAUCUUAUUUAUACUUAUAAAAAAAAAAAAAAAAAAAGGAGA